AUGAUGGUCUGGGUGGUUGAUUUUGACUUUGAGGGAGGUUGGAUCAGUCAAGGCAUGUGGGAUCGGAGUGGGGGGAGAAAGCGAGCCACUAAUGUAAAUGAAAUUACACGUCCUAAUAGGUACUUGGAAAUUGCAACCAAUGGAGGCUUGAAUCAACAAAGAAUUGGGGAUGGGCAUAAUCAAAGAGGGGGAAGAGGCUGCUCAGCGAUUGGGAGGGGGGAGUGGGGCGACGACCAGAGUGGGCUAGAGGAUCCGGGCGGCGCGGCUAGGGAUGGGACAAAUGGCCAGGGAAUGGUGGGGCUGGGGAAGAUCUUUCUGGGACAUGGUUGGGCGGUAGGGGUUGUUUGA